AUGUCCAGCAACAGAUCUGCCAUGAUCCUGGCGGUUUCCUGGACGGAGACAUGCCUUGGGUUAGUAUUCUUUACGCUCCGGUUUGUGAGCAACUGGAAAGUCGUGGCUCGGUUUCGAUGGGAUUUUGCAGUGGCCACCCUGACUGUGAUCACCGAGGUUGUCGGCCAGAUUUUUCUUCAAUUCUCCGUGGAUUCGGGCAUGGGCCAUCAUAUGGCUGAGCUCUCGCACGCGCAACAAGUCAAGGCCCUGAAAUGGUCGUGGGUUUUCCAACUGCUCGCCAUCAUGGCAAGCAUGCUGGGCAAACUUGCAAUCCUAGCCUUUCUGAUCCAAAUCCGCGGUCGGCAUGAGACAAAGCCCUGGCUUUUAAUCAUUCUUGGGGUUCUCGGCGCCGCAAUUAACAUUGCAGUGCUCGGGACCAUUCUAGGCCAGUGCACCCCGAUGCAGAAACUAUGGGAUGACUCUCUCGAGGGAACCUGUGAUCCUGGACGCAAGAUUAACCAGAACUAUUCUUUCUUCCAAGCCAGCUUCAACACCUUCCUGGAUGCCCUCUUAGCGGCCUAUCCAAUCCAUCUGUUUUGGAAACUCCAGAUGAAACCCCGAAUCAAAAUCGCCUUGUCUGUGCUCAUGGGCUUAGGCUGGAUGCGGGCACAGCCGGAUCUCCUGAUCUGGGCUUCAACGGAAGCCUGGAUCGUCAUCGUCGUAGGCUGCGUGCCACCCAUCCGACCUCUCAUGGAAAGAGUCCUGCAACGUCUCGGGCUUUCCUCCAAGAAAACCUCAACCCCCAUCUAUCACCACGAUUCAAUCGCCCGAGUAGCCUAUGGCACGAACCGAUCGAUGCCCCUGAACCACCCGCAAUUCCAGUCCAAUGCGUACUGUGGAAGCAAGACGUUUGGACUCGAGGACGAGCUGGGCUGGCAGGAGCUGGACAGUUUCAAGGAUCCAACUGGGAGCAACAAGCAGAUCGUCGGCGGAUCCAAGGAUGUGGUGGUUACCACGGAUAUUGUGACCAAGUUCGAGGAUAUCGAGAGUCAUCGCGGGCCGUCGUCGAAUGACAGCAAUAUCUCCAGCGAAGACCUCGUUUCCGGGGAGAGUCCUAACUCGCGGAAUGUUUUCUGA